AUGGUCAACAACAAGCGGCUUACCAAAAAGCAGACCAAAGGGAUGAUUUUGACUUUGGCUCAUGAGCUUGGACAUCUAUUUGGACUUGCACAUGAAGAAACCGGCCGAGACGAGCUCUUGGAGGACGUGGAUAGCCGAACAUGCUUAGGCGGCGAUAUCUCAAAGUACUUCGUGAACGCUCCGUACGACGUUAGUGGUUUUGGUUAUUUCGACCGUGGACUCGUUCUUAGCCAGUGUUUGGCGGUACGUGUGCCAUCCGAUCCUGACUUCUUUUAUGCCAUGCAGAGCGAUGGAAACUUUGUGUCGUACAAUUCCAAGACCCGUCAAGCCGUUUGGUCGACAAGUUCUCAAGGUCUCGGCACCAAAGGCGACUACAACAUGUACUUUCAGGAAGAUGGCAAUCUUGUUAUCUACGAUAUCAAAGGCAAGUCUAGUGUGUGCAAGCCCAUUUGGUCGUCUGUGACGCACGAUGGGUCUCCCCGUAACUUGAGGCUCAAGGCCGUAGAUUGGCAAUUCAGGGACGGUCAUAUGUCUAUAACCGAUGGGUCUGCCCGCGCCGUCUGGGGUUCUUUUAUUUAUAUUGCCCAUUCCAAAGUGCCUAUCCAGCAAAAGGACCGUGAUGGUGGGGCGUCAGGCUAUUGUUUGGAUGCCGGAAUGAACGGUUCUGGCGCCGGAACCAUUCUCAACAUAUGCAAUGGCGACAACCAGAAAUGGGAACUCCAUUUCGACGGAACUAUCAGAAAUCCCUCGGCAGGAAAGUGCCUGGACAAUAUGGGACAGCAACUGGUGGUUGGCAAUAAGAUUCAAGGCUGGGACUGUAUCAAUGCAUGGUCGGAGAAGUGGUGGAUUGGUGGAAUUCCAUAA